AUGCUUCCACCUCCCUUGCAAUUGUUGCUAAUGGGCAUCUAUAUUGUGGGCACAGGAGUCUGCAAUGUUGCAAAUAUUGCCUCUAUUUCGGAAGCAGGUUCUCGUGCCGCGCGACUCUCACUGCUCAAUUUAAUUCCAACAUUUAUCUCUCUUGGACAAGGAUUCGGCGCUCGUUACCUAGGAGUUUCUAGAUCAACAUAUCGAACAUUUCAUACAGUAUGCGGUUUCAUGGCGCUUGUACAAGGAGCCAUACAUGUUUCUAUAGUCGCUAGGACAAGGACAAUCUCGGCUUCUAAUGAUGUACAAUUUUAUGGUAUCCUAGUAGGAAGCAUGAUGCUAGGUCUCUCAUUUCUACCGCUUGUAAAGAAGAGAGUUUACGAAGUAUUUCUCAGGACACAUCAGGGGUGUGCCUUGGUUCUACUUUACGCUUUAUGGCGGCAUGUUCAAAUGCUACAAGUUACUGAGACGUGGAUCUGUCUAUUAGCAUGUACUUGCUUAGCCCCCUGUUCGCUUCUUAUUCAAUUAGCUCGCAUCAUUUACAGGAAUUUUGUCAAGGGCAAAAGACGUGCUAAAUUGAUCAGAAUAGGUCAUGGAGAAGAUGUGGCAUGUAUAAGAGUUUCGCUGCCACGUCCAUGGCAAGUCCGCGCAGGAGAGCACGUUUGGCUCAAUGUUCCGGGUCUUGGCUUGUUCUAUCUGUUCCAGUUCCAUCCAUUUACAGUCACAUGGUGGGAUGAAGACGAUACUGGUGAGAUAUGUUCAAUAUCUUUACUCGUACAAUCUCAAGCCGGGUUCACGAAAAAGCUGCUCCAAUCCACUAUGGCUGGCGAGAUCUACAUGGCACAUAUUGAUGGUCCAUAUGGCCCCGCAACAGUUGGUCCUUGUGGGCUUUCUGAGCGCAUGGGAGACUAUGGGCAUAUCUUCAUGGUAGCCACUGGUAUCGGAAUUGCAGCUCAAUUGCCCUAUAUCAAAGAGCUUUUAGAACAGCGUCGAAAUUCAAGAAUCCGGACUCAGAGAAUUGCACUUGUGUGGCAACUCGAGCAGGAAGGAGACUGGAAAAGCGCUCGUGACUGGUUACAGCUAUUAGUGAAGCAAGAUGAUCAUUAUCUUCUCAGUGUCACCGUCUAUGACUCGUUAAAGCCGCCCUCGCCGAGUGACCCACUGAGCUUCGGGUAUCAUGAUUUGAUUAAGAUCUAUGGAGGACAGCCAACCUGGGAAGACCAUUUAUCAUCUGAAGUAUCGCAACAAAACGGAAGAAUGCUAGUGGCAGGUACAGUUUACUACAUGCCUGUUUCAGUGGAGUGUGCCUAA